AAACAUGCCGCGUAACAAAUUGGAAGUAAAGUGAUUUCUUCACCGCGAUUUCCCUCCUUAAAUACAACUCCAUCCUAGCUGGCUUUCUUCAAGCUUUCUCAACCUCCCUGUUUCCCUUCUCCCCUGUCAUUAAUUACCUUACAUAAUCAUAAAAAUCUCUAUUUUUUUCUCCGGCAACCAUUUCCUUUCCUCUUUCGUCCACCGCCGCCACCGCGGCCGCUGCCGCCGCUUAUUCACUGUACUCUUCUUCCACCAUGAGCUUGCCAAUCGUUGCCAUCUCGAUUUUAGGAAUUCUCACCACCGCCAUAUUCCUCCUCACCUACUACAUCUUCGUCAUCAAAUGCUGCCUCAACUGGCAUUCUUCCGACCUCCUCCACCACCUCUUCUCCACCUCCCGCCGCCACAGCUUCCCUUCCUCCACCGCCGCCGAAUCCACCGGUCUCGAUCCCGCCGCCAUCCGCUCCAUCCCAUCUUUCCGCUACUCCUCCAUCCCCUUCUACACCCCUGCCGAAUGCGCCGUCUGCCUAUCGGAUUUCCGCUCCGGCGAGCGCCUCCGCCUCCUCCCCGACUGCUCUCACGCCUUCCACAUCGACUGCAUCGACGCGUGGCUCCAGUCUAAUACCAGCUGCCCUCUAUGCCGCUCUCGCAUCUCGAAUCCGUUUCCUCCUUCGGCGGAUCACCACAUCACUCCGAUUCAAAGCGUGGUUAUUGAGGUGAGCGAGGAGGUGAUAAGGAAUCAGAGACGGAGGUUAGUGCACGCGGUUAGCAUGGGAGAUGAGUGCAUUGAGGUUAGGAGAGAUAAAGACGAGUUCUUUGCGGUUCAGCCAUUGAGAAGAUCGUUGUCUUUGGAUUCCUCCUGUGAUCCCCAGCUCUACGUUUCAGUUCAGGAAACUCUUCGAAUGAAUCCGAAUUUGGUUUAUGGUGAAGAGAGUAGUAACAGCGGCGGAGGAGGAAGCGGGAGAGUACGGCGGCCGUUCUUUCCCUUCGUACAACUCGGCCGGAGCUCGAGGAGCGCCGUACAGCCAGUGGAUAUCGAUGUUUUAUGAAAUGGAGAGAAGGAAGAAGG